GUAAAGAACAUACAAUACUAUUUCGCGAGCAUACCUCAAUUAGUAGAAACAUCACAUUAUAUAUGCAUGACAGAAGUUUAAAUCUAGAUUUUUCACUUAUUAAUCUCAAAAGAUAAAUUUAUAGGAAAAAAAAAAUACAAUACUACUGAGAAAAAAAAAAGAACAUACAAUAACAAUACUAUUACAUUAAUUUUUUUGUACUAUUAAAUAUAAAAAAUGUAUAUUCAAAUACAUUAACACGACAUAUGUUACAUUGAAUAUAUAUUAUUAUUAUUAUUAAGGUAUAGGCAUAGCAUAUUAAUAAAUUUAAGAUAAGAUAUUAUCGUGUGGCUUAGAAAUGUUGAAUAGAGUUAUGUAUUGAACUAAUCACAAAUCUAACAUCAAGUCGUUGUAGUAUAGUGGUAAGUAUUCCCGCCUGUCACGCGGGUGACCCGGGUUCGAUCCCCGGCAACGGCGUUUUUUUCUUUCUAUUUAUAUAUUCUUCUUCUUUUUGCUAACUGAACUGAACAGUUACUAUUACUAUAGUGAUAAACUUUGCGGGAGAACGAAGCUUCGAAUUAUUUCCAUUUUCAAUUUCAAUGGCUACUCUUCCUGCUUCUCCUUCACCACCAUGGCCAAACCCUAACCCUAAUAAUCCCAAUUCUAUUUCUAUUCCAAACCCUAAUUUCCUCCCCGAUCAAUCUCAAACCCUCGACUUCGAUUCCCUUAUGUCUCCCCAAUCUCAAUCACCGCCACACCACUCUCCCACCGCCACUUCACCGGAAUCUUCCCCCACCACACCGCCACUUCCUCCAUCGUUACUUCAACUCUCAUUUAACCAAGACCACGCCUGCUUCGCCGCCGCAACUGACAACGGCUUCCGCAUCUACAACUGCGAUCCUUUCCGUGAACUCUUCCGCCGUGAAUUCGGCGGUGGAGGAAUCGGUCAUGUAGAGAUGCUUUUCCGAUGUAAUAUAUUAGCACUUGUCGGAGGUGGGUCCCACCCUCAGUAUCCUCCUAAUAAAGUCAUGAUCUGGGAUGAUCAUCAAGGUACUUGCAUCGGUGAGCUUUCGUUCCGUGCUGCCGUUCGCGGUGUUCGGCUUCGGAGGGAUAGGAUAAUUGUUGUGGUGGAGCAGAAGAUAUUUGUGUAUAAUUUUGCUGACUUGAAACUUUUGCAUCAGAUUGAAACUAUUGCAAACCCUAAAGGGCUUUGUGCAGUUUCACACUUGUCUGAUUCUCUUGUUCUUGCUUGUCCUGGUUUGCAUAAGGGUCAGAUUCGUGUUGAGCAUUUUGCACAGAAGAAGACUAAGUUCAUUUCUGCUCAUGAUUCAAGGAUAGCUUCCUUUGCUCUCACUCUUGAUGGACAGUUAAUCGCUACCGCCAGUGUCAAGGGCACGCUGAUUCGGAUUUAUGAUACCGAUAAUGGCACGCUACUUCAAGAAGUGAGAAGGGGUGCAAAUGCAGCAGAGAUAUUUAGUUUGGCGUUUUCUUCGACUGCUCAGUGGUUAGCAGUUUCAAGUGACAAGGGUACUGUCCAUGUUUUUGGCCUUAAGGUUAAUUCAAGUGUCUCUGAGAAUGAAAAGUCACAAGGUUCGUCAAGUUCAGAUGCUACCGUUCCCCCAUCUAGCUCGUCUCGCUCUUUCAUUAAAUUUAAAGGAGUGUUGCCCAAGUAUUUCAACUCAGAGUGGUCAGUUGCUCGGUUUCACUUACACGAAGGCACUCAGUACACAGUUGCAUUUGGUCUCCAAAAGAAUACAGUCAUAAUUCUUGGCAUGGAUGGAAGCUUCUAUAGGUGCCAAUUCGAUCCGGCACAUGGAGGUGAAAUGACCCAGCUGGAAUAUCAAAACUUUUUAAUUCCAGAGACAGCCUUGUGAGAGGGAAACCUGUAGUGUUUGACGCUUAUCUUUUAGUUGGGUUAUUCUACAGGAAUAUGCACAAUGUAAUAAUAGUAGAAAUAGAUGGAGAGUGUAAUUAGUAAUAGAUAGGAGGCUGAUGUAAUGCUGACACCGUUGUUUAUUGUUUACUCUUGGUUGACCUUGUGCUCUAAUAUUGUAAUUAUUUUUUUUACUUAUAAAUAUUGAAAGCUGUGUUAAAGCAAGCAAUCACUUUUCCAACAAA